AUGCCUUUCUUUACAACUUGCGGCGACGUCGCUCCCGAUGGACAGUUUUAUAUUUUAGGCGCCGAAGGCACUGGUAGUACUCCUGCAUGGGCCCAGAUUGACUUGUCCGACUCAAGUUCUCCUAGUUAUGGCAAUGUAGUUGCUUCUGGAACGACCCAUAUUGUCCCUGCAGUUAGGGACUGGGCCUAUGUCCCUGGAGCGGGCAAUUUCUUAUGGACUUAUGCGGAUUCGGGAGCCUCGCCAAAUGUCGUAGGCUUAUUCCGUUGGGAUUUAACGACUCAUGCCUUUACUGGCGUUCGGAAUUUAGCAACAGUUACAAUUAGCUAUACCUCCCACAUUGGAGCCGUUUAUGCAACAGCGGACGGUUAUCUCUACGGCAGCGAUAAUGUUUCUGGCAGAAUUUAUAGGGUUAACGUUACGGGUUCAGAACCUGCUGAGCUCGUUUCAACCGGUCCCCAAAGCGGAGGGAAUGAUGGUGCAAGAUGCCCGACUGUACACACCCUUGCACUACGAGCAUUAUCGUCACUACGUCGAAUCAGAUCGAGCAUUAUCGUCACUACGUCGAAUCAAAUCGUACUUACUGUCACGGCUUCGCAGCCUUCAGAUACGACCGUUACGACUACAGUAUCUGGAACCGCUCCCGGCACCUCGACUAUUACGCCACCGGCUGACUGCACGCAUCCAUGCACGACGAGCAUCAUCGUCACUACGGUACCAGAUACGGCCGUUACCACGACGAUGACUGGUACCGUUCCUGGCACUUCUACAGCGCCUUCUGAUGUAGCCACAACUACUACGGUCUUCGGAACCGCGAGCGGUACGAGCACUAUUACGCCGCCGAUCGAUUGCACGCACCCCUGCACCACUAGCGUCAUCGUCACUGACGUUCCUUCGCCGCUCCCAUGCAGCGUGCAUGGUUAUAUUAUCCAGGCGGGACAGAAUUUCUAUGGCAUCGAUUUAUCAACAAGUCAAUUCUCGCUUAUCAAGAGCGGAAUUGCGCCUGGCGUACGAGGUCCAGGCGUUAUCAAUGGUAUUGGCUAUAACGUCCUUGACAGUUAUGUCUAUGGUUUUAUUCGCACUAAUAAUGAUACCGGUUCGGUGCUCAUCCGUAUUGGAGCUGGGGGCGCGUCAACCCUUAUUGGAUCGGUCGUUCUUAAUGCCGCCAAUGGUUUCCCUGCCGGACCUGUCAACGGAACUAUACGACCAAAUAUUGGCGACAUAACUCCUGAUGGUCAAUUCUGGGUCACAACUGGAAGCGGGUCAGCGGGAGGCUGGCCCAAAUUGAUCUAA